AUGCUCGAUUUUGGUGAUAUCGCUUCCCAGCUUCAAAAUCCGUCGACACCUCGUAGGAUUGUUCCCGUUUUGAGAUACAUCUCCCGUGAGUCGCAGAAAGAAACUGUAUCUUCCUUGGAGAAGAACCAAUUGAUUCACAUCAGCAAAAACUUGACCAGAUCGAGUUCAGGGUUUGAUGCAUGGUGUGGCGUUAACAUUUUGGGUGCCUUGCUGCUUGAUAAAAAUUUUUGUGUACAAAAAGGCGCUGAAGUGCUAGAUCUCCUUUGCAAUACGGUGGGUAAGAACGUCACUGAUCGCAAGCUACUUAGAUCAUGCUUGCGGUGCAUUGAAAGAGUGCUUGGGGCAUUUUGGCUUGAUCCAUCCCAUUCUAGAGACCUUUUGACGCAAAGGUUGCCAAUUUUGAUCGGCCUUUGCUCGACUGCCUUAUCCAAAGACCCAGGUAAAGAGGAGCCUCAAAAACAUUGGUCGGCCUAUCUCGCAAGUAUUCUACAUGAAAUGGUUUUGACUUUCUCGAUUUUUGAAAAUUUCAUGAACAUAGGCGAAAUGGAGUAUAUGAGAGCAAUGUUUGAGAACUUCUCAAUAAGUGAAAGGCUUGAAUUAUUCCCUCCUUUACAGAUAGAGGCUAGCUCCUCAAGCUCUUUGAUGCAAAUCUUCGAGAGGUUUCAUAAAUUGAUAUCGAUUCUUGAGGUUACUCUCGCAAGCCCCACAAGUGAUUCCGUGCAAAUUCCAGUGGGACUUAUCAUGAAGAUAACAGAAGGUAUUUUGUCUGUUAAUGUUGCGCUGUGUCACUUCAAAGCUCAUUUCAGGGGUGACAAGGCAAAAGACGACGUACUUCAGAAUUUGCUUGAGGUGCAAAUUUCAUUGCUUAACGUGAUUCGUUCAUUGGAAGCUCGAUUGAAGGGCUUCGUUGUGCCAUACUCACAUCGCUUACUAGAGCUCUAUGAGCAUCAGGCUCGUUGUCUCAGGAGAUACAAAUCGGAUCACAAUGUUGCACACCUAGAUUCCACCGUGCUAAUCGAAGCUGCUGGCGCCUUGAUGUGCUUGUAUCUCAACGACGGUGAUUAUCAUGCCUCUUUUGAUGCUUUGCAUCAAUACUUUGACUAUGUUGUGUCUGAAGGCUCAAAAGAAUUCUAUCAUUUUGCUCUAAUUGCCAAAGCGUCGCUUCAUGUUGUCUUCGGUGAAGAGCAAGAUGCUCUUAGGACAAUCGAAGAGGCGGGGAAUAUUGCUAGAGAACAUAAAGAUGAAGUCGCUUUGACAUUCGUGCUUACAUGGCUUUACAAAGCUCUGGACAAGUGGGCAAGUUUGCGAUCCUCCAAAAAGACGCUUAAACAGAGAGAUUCAAAACUUCUCGAGCUUCUUGUGGUGAAGGAUUUAGAGCAACAAAGCCUCUUAAACGCCAAUGUCCUACAGUUGGAAUAUGAGAAUAUUCUUCUUUGUGGCGCAAGUCAAAAGAAGUGUUUUCAGGCGAUGAGCAAAAGCCUAUACUGCUGGCUCAAUUGCAAUUCCAAGUCGCUAGGGAAGGUCUCUCGCAUUGCUUCUCGUCAUUGGUUAAGGUCAGGCUACCCAACCUUGGCUGAGGUGUAUCUCAGAGUUUCCGAAAUCUCACUUGGUCGUGAGGCAUCGCAAUUCAAUGACGAGACAGCUUUGUCGGCAUGCGAAAUCUUCUUUUGGAAAGGUGAGGACGAGAAAGUUUUGAAAUUAAUAACGCUGUUCAGUGACCCAUCGCUGUCAUCGAGAAAGUUCAAUGAGGAGCUCUCCAUUUGGAAGAUUAUCUACAUGAUUAAAAUGCAAUUGAAAACCGGGGAAUUUGUCACCGCAAAAGAAUUACUCAACUUGAUUGAUGCAAGUUCGAGUAGCAGUGCGAUUAAAAGGGAAGUGAGUCGCCUCAAUGUGCAAUUGUUGUCUUCGUGUGAUAACAAACGAGAGGCUCUCAGAUUACUUCAGUCAUGGGCUAAAUCUAGCUCUUCAGGGCAAGAGAGUCCGUCCGACUUGAUAUCCAGUUACCUCAUCAAGUCUGAACUUCUUCUUCAAGCUAAUCUUUUGGGUGCAUCAUUUGUUCUAAUCCUUGAGCAGAUGACAAGGGCGGCAAAGCAUGGUUUGUAUUGCUUGAACAUUGAAUUGGCUGUAAGAAUCAAUUUGCCCCAUGCCACUUCAGAGCCGUUCAAGCUUGCAGUCUCAGGUAUUGAGCCCAGUGCAGAAAUACCCUCCAACAACGUUCGGAUUCUGACAAACGAGGAAAGUGGCAAGAUGGAAAUGUUACACCAAGGCAAACGUGCGAUGAAAUCGGGUGUUAAAGGUCUUAGAAAGACGCGAAUUCCGCAAGGCUCGAUUACAGCGUCCACAAAUCUCUAA